GAUGGCGAUGGCAAUGGUGUGUGCUUCCCCUACGACGUGCUACUCGACAUACUCUGCCGCCUCCCCCGCCGCGCCGUCGCCAAGUCCCGGUGUGUCUGCCGUGUGUGGCGCGCCCUCUUCGACGCCCACAAGCCCCUCCCUCUAAUGGUGUUCUUCGACAUGACCAUCGGCGGCGCCCCCGCAGGCCGCAUCGUGAUGGAGCUCUUCGCCAAGGACGUGCCCAAGACGGCGGAGAACUUUCGCGCGCUCUGCACCGGCGAGAAGGGCGUCGGUAAGAGCGGCAAGCCGCUGCACUACAAGGGAACCGCGUUCCACUACAUGAUCCCAGGCUUCAUGUGCCAGGGCGGCGACAUAACCAGGGGUGACGGCACCGGCGGCGAGUCCAUCUAUGGCGACAAGUUCCCCGACGAGAAGUUCGUCCACCAGCACACGCCCGGGAUGCUCUCCAUGGCCAACGCGGGGCCCAACACCAACGGCUCCCAGUUCUUCAUCUGCACCGCCUCCGGCCCGUGGCUCAACCGCCAUCACGUAGUCUUCGGCAAGGUCGUCGAGGGCAUGGACGUCGUCAAUAAUAUCGUGAAGGUGGGCCCCCACAGCCGCAGCUGCACCAAGUCCAUCGUCAUUGCCGACUGCGGCUAGCUCCCGCAGACAUUCGUCAGCAGUCCGUCGUCCUUCAGUGCC